AUGGUGGGCUUAUUUAGCGGUUUCCGAGGAACUAGAAACAUUGGAAAUAUCAACUUUGCUUAUGUGAAGGCAAGACCGUCAACAGCGGUGUCUCCCACGUCCACGGAUGGAGAGAGCCUCAGGAGAUACCUGAAGGAGCAGGAACUGGAGGAGUUCUACUCGACCUAUGACGUGUGGACGGGGAUUCGAACCGCCGUUACUCUGGCCCUCUUCUUCAUCUUUACGGUUACUCUCAUCCUGUACAAGAGCAAGUGCAAGCCUCGCCGGAAAUACGAGCCAUACCCCAGCCUGGAGGACAUGCCCGGCCGACCACUAGACUACUGCGACUAUUGGUGCCCCAGCCCACUCAGAUGUGAUAGUGACAGUGGCAUACGAACCCUUUCCUCCCUCAAUCUCUUCUUUCCAUCGUUCCACCGCCUCUCUCACUCCUCCAUAUCCCGCAGGGUGAAGAGUUUGCCGGGUAGUGUUAUGCGGAUCAACUCCUCCCGCAAUUCUUCCUUUGAGGGAGAUGACGCAUCCCAGGUCACCGGGCACUCGGUUCGCUCGGAGUUCCUGUCUGUGCCAGGAGUAAGACUACAGUCAACUGGAUCCAGCAGUGAUGGAUACAGUGCGGGAUCCUCUACGCAUGAUUUGUCAGGGGAAAUGACGGCAAUGGCCCUACUUGGCGUUCCAGGCCUAGGUCCCCGUGGCAACAAGCCGGUGCUCCAGCUGGGUGGGAUGGAUUGGGAUAGCGACCAUGCCACCGCUGAGUGGAUCCAGACCAUCGAUAUCAACGUCAUUCAACCCACGCCUAACAUCUCCCCAUGCGGGUCAGUUCGCAGCGUCUCGGACAACACUGAAUUGUCUCGGUUGCCACUACCUGGUCGGGUUCGUGUUGCUUCCGUGGUUUCCUUAGAUUCGCCAGAAUUUGACAAUCGGUCUAUUGGAUCUGAUUCAGUUUUCAUGGAAGAUUCAAUGGGCGAUUUCAGCAGUUUGUCAGAAAGUAUAGAUAGCGGAACCCCUUCGCUCCAGGCAUCAUCACGCUCAAUGCUCACUCCAUCACCCAGGAGUUCACUUCGCAAGGUCCAAUCAUUCCGUCUAGGCAUUAACCCAUCUGCUUCUGCUGCUUCUUCAGCCUCGCCUGUGCCCACCCGUGUCCCAACUCUUGCUGAUCUGCAUCGCCCACGCGACCAACGGAGUCGCCAGAAACUUCUUAAGCGACAACAGGUGCAAGACAUUCCUGUGCCUAGUAUUACACGUUCUGGUCCCGCCUUGUCGUCACUGCUUGUGCCUAAUCUAGGAGGUCACUUAAAUGCCUCCUGUGAGCGCUUAGCAGCUCAUUCUGCAGUGUUGGCUGAAAGCGAAAUGGGCAGCAGCUUCGGAUCCAAUUCUUUAACUCCAGCUGGCAGUACUGAGGAAGAGCCCAUGUGCGCCGUAUACACAGUGCCGUCGUUACGUCGGUGUAACUCAGCCACGACACCUGGCCAGAAGGAAGAGGCAGCAGGUUGGAAAAGGGCGGACAGUGCCCAGAAUCCUUCUGUGCGACGAGCAGACAGCGCCUCAGGUCCUCAACGGCAAUCAAGUGAGUCAUCCAGUGGAUCUGAUGAUGCUAGUGAGUCUGUAUCAUUUCAUUUGAUGGUGCCAGCACUUAGUAUAGACAACCCUAGUAACGACACCAGUCGAGCCUCCUCUCCAACUCUCUCUCCACCCAGUUCACCGAAUACUUCGCCACCUCCAACUGUAUUUCCUGCAAGUCCACAGCAUCCACGUGUUUCAGAAGGGCCAGUCACAGACACGCUCACACCAACAUCGGGUCUAGGGAGGGGUCUGAGAGGCAAUGGUGGACGACGAGUGCUACGACGGCAGUACAGCCAGUGCAUACCACCGAGUCCUGCACUGUCACGUGAGAUUCCUGCCCCCACGUCUCUCCCGACAUAUGUUGAGGAAAAUGAUGCCGACGAAGAAUUUUCCUUUCCAGCAGCACCACCUCCCUCGCCCUUCAGAGCCGGUCAUUCUUUAUUUUUCCGUCGAGAUUCUGGGCCUCCCUCCCCCCUUGUUGCAGCUCACCAUGUCAACCGCCAGGACUCAGGCCCCUCCCCGCCUCUCUUAUCUCCACAUUACCUCAAUCGUCAAGACUCCGGCCCUUCACCACCUCUCUUAACCCCUUAUUACAUUAACCGGCAAGAUUCUGGUCCCUCGCCGCCCAUUUUAUCUCCUCAUCACCUUAACCGGCAAGACUCUGGUCCUUCACCCCCUCCUCCAUCUCCAUAUUAUCUGAACCUUCAAGAACCUGGGGUAUCUCCACCCGUUUUAUCUCCCAACCACUUAAGGCGUCAAGACAGUGGAAUGUCACCAUCCCCAAACCACUUCCUUCGUCAAGAAUACAGAUCUUCCCCUUCUCCUAAUCAAUUUCACCGGCAAGAGUUCGGUAUUUCUCCAUCCCCUAACCACUUCCACCGUCAAGAUUUUGGAAUCUCACCUUCGCCUAACCACUUCCACCGUCAAGAAUACGGAAGUUCACCUUCACCUAACAACUUCUACCAUCAUGAAUUUGGAAUGUCUUCAUCCCCUAGCCACAUCCACCGUCAGGACUAUGGAACUUCUCCAUCCCUUAUACUUUCCAUCGUCAAGAGUUCGGCCUUUCACCAUCCCCUAACUACUUCCACCGUCAGGACUACGGAUCGUCUCCUUCCCCUAACCACUUCCACCGUCAGGACUACGGAUCUUCUCCAUCCCCUAACCAUUUCCACCGUCAAGACUCAGGAACUUCCCCGUCUCCUAGCACUUUUAGCAGCCAUCUUGACUCCGAAACUUCCCCUUCUCCUAACAAUUUCAGCAACCUCCAAGACUCAAGCUCAUCAUCACCCCGCUCAAAAAGCUGUCAGCACUCCCAACAAGAUUCCAGCCCAUCAUCGUCCCUUCGUUCACCUCCAUAUGAGCUUCACCAUGGAGACUCCAGCCCACCCUCGCCCACUCCUCCCAGAGGUCGCUCUCUUCAUCGUGAUGAUUCCAGUCCACUUUCACCCACCGAGCUUCACAGUAGUGAAUCAAGUCCGGUGCCAGUGGAACAACUAGCAACAAGCCCACCAGCUCUAGAACAACUAGCAGCAGGCACACCAUCUAUGGAUCAAACAUUAACAAGCCCGUCUUCUAUGGAGCAGACAGAUACCCAUAAAAAAGAAUCCAAGGA